AUGGGAACAUCAUCAGGGUCAGGGUCAUAUACACUUCAAAACUCUGGCUCAGAAGAAGAUUUACAACAAUUGAUGGAUGAAAGAAAGAGGAAGAGGAUGAUAUCGAAUCGCGAAUCAGCUCGUAGAUCGAGAAUGAGGAAACAGAAACAUUUGGAUGAUCUCAUGUCCCAAUUGUCACAUCUCAGGAAAGAAAAUAAAGAAAUAUUGACAAGCAUGAGUGUCACGACCCAAAAUUACCUCAAUAUUGAAGCUGAGAACUCGAUCCUGAGAGCUCAAGUGUCUGAACUCGGGCACAGGCUCCACUCCCUGACAGAAAUCAUAAGCGUCUUGAGUUACAACUUCAGCAGUGGAUCAAACGCUCAAAUAAUUGAGUCCUCUAUCACUGAUGCGUUUAUUCAGAACGAAUCUUGGAAUUAUACGUACCACCCCAUCAUGACCGCAGACAUCAUGCAAUAUUAA